AGCUGCAGAUCAGCUGUGGAGGGAGCCUCAUUGCCACCAUGAACUUCUCCGGCAAGUACCAACUACAGAGCCAGGAAAACUUUGAGGCCUUCAUGAAGGCAGUCGGUCUGCCUGACGAACUCAUCCAGAAGGGAAAGGACAUCAAGGGGGUGUCGGAGAUCGUGCAGAACGGGAAGCACUUCAAGCUCACCAUCACCACGGGGUCCAAAGUGAUCCAAAAUGAGUUCACUUUGGGGGAGGAGUGUGAGCUGGAGACCAUGACUGGGGAGAAGGUCAAGGCAGUGGUUCAGAUGGAAGGUGACAAUAAGCUGGUGACAACUUUCAAAGGCAUCAAGUCUGUGACUGAACUCAAUGGCGACACAAUCACCAACACCAUGACACUGAAUAACAUUGUCUUCAAGAGAAUCAGCAAGAGAAUUUAGACAAGUCUGCAUUUCAUAUUCUUUUACUGUGUAA